UUGUUAUCUCUUUGCUUCAGCUUACGAUGGACACACACAACUUGCAUCCGGCGAUACAGAGGCGCAUUGACGCAUACACCGACCUAAUCCCCGCCCCUUUGCACUCACUGUGGGGGCCGAACGACGCACAGGUUAUCGACCGUUUCCACAACGAGGGAUUCAUGCAUACACACAAGCAGUUUUUCUCGCCGCAACAGGAGCGCCUUGUUGGCAUGUGGAAUUUCAGCCGGGACAAGCUGCCGGCCGAUCUGGUAGGAGAGUUCUCAGAAUGGAUCGCAAAGCACCGCAGCCAGGACAAGGGCGCGAGCAUUCGGUUUACUGUCAAUCUACAGAUCACAAAAACUGGCGAGUCUCUGGCGGGACGCUCGUUCUUUUUUGAGGCAAAGAUCGAGAGCUCGUCACAGAACACGCUGACUGUCCGUGCCACAGUUCACGAUGCCGAGAACAAUACCACAAAUCAUCGCUGUUCGCGGCGUCCGGUGAUUACUGUGCCCUCACCGCUACUGGGUGUCCCUGAUGCUGUGAGCCUGGAGGCUGCCGAUCUCAGCGACCUUUGCUCCCACAACCUGCCGGCUCACUCAGUCCGCUCUGAAAAGUCCAUCGCCACUGUACUGAACUUUGGACCUAAACUCACCGGGCCUGUCGUUUACGUGCACGGCGGAGUCCUGGGUACUGUCCUUUACAUUGCGUCAAGGAAGCUACUCCAGCUACUGACAGGCCAGUCUAUUAGCGCAGUGCAUUGGGACAUCACGUACAAGAGCCCAAUGCCCAUCGAAAGUACUGGAUAAUGUGAUCUACGCUCAUGUCGAGAGUGAAGUCAGCCAGUCAAUAACUGUCUUUGCAAAGAUCAUGCGUGGAGACAAAGUCUACACUACUCUCAGAUCGGUGUUUUCAUUCAAGGCCAUGGCUGCCGGACAGAGCAAGCUGUAGACACACUCAGCGUACGUAUCAAUCACUUUCCAAACCGUGUGUGCUGAUUAAAUGCAGAUAGUAGAAAUACAUUCAUGAGAG